GUAAUGGGAUGUGUGUUUGAACAGACAAGGUGAAAUCUGUUGUGAUACGUGCUCAGGCAAAGAACGGGCUUGAAUGGAAUCUUUUACUUCUAACACUUGAGAGGCUGCACGCUGAAGGAUUGCCUACUCUUUGGAAAUAACUGAUUUGAAUGUUCAUUAAAACCACAAUGGAAACAAACAGUGAUACCACAAAAAUCCUGGAGAAGGGUCCUGAAUACCUUCGAAAACAAAUGGAACUGGAGAAUGAGACGAAAGGACGCAUGAGUGCUGUGGAGAGGCUCGCUGCAAGCAAACUGAAAUAUGUCAAAAGCCAGCAUGUGGUCAACUCAACUCAGGAGCCAGUGAUAAGUCUUGGAUCAGCGUCAGUGAGCAGCACGGGGUCUUCUCACCGGAGCUCAAACCGUGGUGGCAAUCUUGUCACGGGGAAUAACUCAACAGAGCCUACGGGUGGUGUACACAUCUGCUCACCAGGGCAGGUACGUCAAUCCAGCUCCAAAAAACGACCAGACUCUCUUUUACUUUACAGACAGAAAUGUGAGUUACUGAGAGGUGCGGAAAAAGACCGGAAACACCAAAUAACACGUAAGUUGCUGCUUAACUCCGUGAGUAAAAAUGUUCCGUUACUUGAGGUGGCAGAUAAGGAAUGUGGGUCUGCAGGCAGCAAGGAAAAAAUCACCACACCUGAGGGAGCAGCAAAGGAAUGUGGCUCACAUGUACUUGCCUCCCAGUCAGUGAGGAGGGGGAAUGGAGUAGCAGAACAACACAACAUUAAACGCAGUGAUUCAGGGACAACGACUGGUCUGCUAACUGUUCCUGAGUUUGAAAGGAGGUCUGGCAAAGGGGUCAGCCGUUCUCACUCGGAUAUCAGCUCCAGGUACUCCAAAAACUUUGCAGACUUUGAUGCUUUUUUUAAGUACUGCGGGCUUGACGGUGAGGUCAUCGAGUCUUUGGGGAGGGAGAACUUCUCAGCUCGCUCAGAUGAAAUCGCAAUAAACAUCCGGAGUGUCAGCAUCUCUACAUCAGACGACGGCUUCUCAAGGAGCAGCGGAGACAGCAAUGGCUUACUGGAGGAUGAGCUGCAAGAAAAGAUACGUCAGGGGACAUCAGUUAUUGAGCGCAAUGCACGUAUCAUCAAAUGGCUGUACAGCUGCAAAAAUGCUAUAGAAACUGGGAAAAGGUUACGUGACCUUGAUUGAGAUCACUUCUACAGAAUCCUAUGCUUACCUAAGACUUGUAUAGAGGAUGCAUUUUAUCCAUUUAUCACAUUUUAUUGCAGAUCAUAUGUCAAAACACUGAGAAAGAUCGAAUGUUUGUGUGCUUAUCUGUCCAAUGACUCACUCAGUCAUGUCUCUUUCGAAGCCAGAAGCUAGAUGUAUUUCCUGGCUUUUGGAUGUGGAAAAUAAUGACUUUUGCCCUUAUUUCUCAACAGUACUGUACAUGUUCUCAACAGUAGGGCACAUGUGCGUGUAUGUGUGUGGGCUACAUUGUGGGUGCCUAAAUGAUUGUUUUCCUCUGUCUUUGCGCAAACUAUUUGUGUGCCAAUUUCAGCUGACGCUACAGAGAGUAAACGAAAAGAUUUAGUGUUUGCUUCUGUUCAGACUUGUACACAGCUACCUGACUGCAUUCUCUGUCACACUGGGGCCAAGGAAAGUGCACAGAAAUGCCCUCAUGAAAACACACACUCUUGAAAAUGUUGUAGUUUCAUCUGUCAAACUGUGCAUUCUAUACAGUUUUACCACACAUUUGCAAGUCAGAAUGCAGUUCUGUGUUAAAGGUCAAAGCUUUGUGCAUGUGUGCACACUUGAAGAUACACACCAUUACACAAAAUCCAGAAGAGGCCAUACAUUUCAGCAGCAGUGACAUUCAGCUAAAAUGAACCACUUGCAAAAAAUACUAAAGCACUAAUCUGAGUAAUCAGCUACAAACUAAUUCUAAACCCAUUUCAAUUAACUUUAACAUUUUUUAAUUUGUAUACUUUAUAAUUUUGCUUAAAUAAUUUGGUACCACUUUCUAACUGGAACCCUUAAUACACAGAUUCUCUGCAAGGAAAAACCAGAAGGUCUUACUAAUAGUUUUUACCAUUUAUAAAGCCAUUAGUUGCAACUUAUAUAAAUAAAAGGUAAUUUAAUAGAAAGGGGCACCAAUAAUUCUAGAUAAAGGCUUAGAGCUCAUGUUAUGCCAUUGAGACUCUUGCCAGAAACAUUUCAGGGUGUCUGAUGUUCAUAAAUGAUGUUCCUCACCAUACCUGAAAGUGGUAUGUAACCUGCCUCUUAAGUUAAUAAUCCAAUGAAUGCACUCUCUAUUUCUCUUCAGGUGAAAAGUGUACAUUACAUUACAUGCAAUGUAACUGUAUACACACAGACACACACCACAGUUUCAUAUUUAUAAAUGUCAAGAAGAGAACUGUGCUCCUUACAUGUCAUUGUGGUUGAGUGUUUCUUAUUGGGAGUAAUGAAACUGGUAAAAACCAUUCGCUUUAAGUGCAGCCAGACCAAAGAGUUUGAAGAAUGUGGUUAUUUUUUGGGCAGGGAAUCUGAGUCCCAUGUGAGAGGAAUGUACUUAAUAAUCUGAUGGGCUUAUGUCCAGUGACCCGCUGUAACUGUAUCUCCACUUCCCACCCUAUCUUUGCCUUUGUCUCUUCACCACCUUCUCUCUCUUUCUGUCUCGUUUGCUGAUUAUAGCUCAGAGGGUGCAGCAUGAGUGGGGGAAAAAAGGAAAGGGACAAGCUAUUGUUGAUUAGUUAUAUUAACAGAAUCACACACUCCGUUUCUCUCUAGCACACGCAGAAAAUAAACCAUAUUUAUGUAUAUGUGAUUAAAAACACAUUGCUCAGUUGCACUCAUGCUGUAGUCUCAUAACAUAACUCCAUAAGUCUUGAUGUGAAACGGACUGUUUCACAUUAAGGCAAGUCCUGUCCUGUGCCCCCUACUAGUUUGUUGCCAAAACUCAGUGACUUCUUAAUAUUUAUUUUUUUUUUUUUUAAUGUAAGUGUUACUCUGCUCUCAUACAACUUUACCACAGCCUGAAGUAACAAUAAUGACUGUAAUGUCACCCCACUCUUUACCCAAACCAGGGUCAAUCUACCACUUAAGUGCUGCCUGUGUAACACAGUUUUAUACUGAGGUACUGCAAAGUUUAUAAAACUGCUACACAAAUAAAGCUGCUAAUGAUUUUUCUUA